AUAACAUUUAGUGUUCGUUUUCCUUUGCAGAAAAUGGAUCAUUUUAAGUUUAUAAUCGGUGCUUUAAUUUAUUUGUGCAUGGUGCAACAUUCGAAAGGAAUAACGACUGUUAGCCAAAAAAAUAGUGGAAAUGGUAAAAUGGAAACCUACUGUGUUACAAACAAUGAAAGCGAAACUUUAAGUUGGAUAACACCGUACGAUAAAUCGUUUUAUAAUUUAAAAAGUAAUGAUGCAAGUGAUAUUACUAAAUUAGUUCCUAAUGAUUGGCUAUUGGAAGAUAGUUAUCAAUCUUAUUUAGGACCAGUUGUAGAUCCCAGGUGGCAAAAUUUCGAAACGUUUGUAAGUAAAAAUUAUCAAGAAGUAAAUAAAUAUUUGAAGCAAAAUUUGAAUGAAUACUUUGAAUUAACGUUUUCGAUAAAAUAUGACGAGGAUGCCGAAAUGUCAAUUUAUUCUUAUAGGAAUUUGAAGCAAACAAUAUCAUUUAAAAAUAAUAUACUAACAUCACAAAUAUGUCCAGCAAAAACUUCGGCCUAUUAUUGUGAUGCAUAUAUAAAUAUAAAAGAGAAUUUGGAAAAAUUUUCACAAUAUAGUAAAUAUUCGUGGAAUCACUAUACUAUAAGAUAUCGUAAAGACAUAUAUACUUUGUUACUGAAUGGAAUAUCUAUAGCAGAAGAUUAUAUUCGUAACUAUGGUUUAAGUAGCAUUUAUAUGAAAUCGAUGAAAGGCGCAAUUUGGAAACUGCACAUAUACGAAUAUUAUCGAACGGAUUAUGAUGUGUCAAAUAUUGUGUUCUUGGAUGACAUACAGUCUUUUAACAAUAAGUUAUGCAUGUCCGCUUAUUUUUAUUUUGAUCAUGAAUUAAUAAUUCAAAUAAAACAAGAUAAAACUAUCAUUAAGGAGAUCAUAUUUAUAAAUGAAAAAAAACGUUGGAAAUUCAUCAAAAUAGUAGAAAAUGUGCAAGACGAUAAUACACCAUACACAAUUUGGUUAAUAAAAGGAGACGUGAGAGGUCUUCUUAUUAGUCAUAUUAAACUGAAUUCAGAUUGCGAUACGAAUAUCAAUAAAAUUUAUACGGAAUUUCAUACUAAUCUAAUAAAUCAAGUUUCUUGCGAAUCUUUGAACAAUCUGAGUACAUCCAUUACAAUAAGCGAUAGUAUUAAAACAAUAGAUAGCAAUUGUUCAAUCGAUAAAUUUGGAAACGACUGCAUCAAAUGUAAAUCUGUCUUUAACACGGAUAUUUGCGAGGAAACGCUGACCUGUGUAGAGACAAACAAAUGCUACUGUCAACCAGGAUUCUAUGGAAAACAAUGCAAACCAAAAUGUGACAACCUGAAGAAAAACGUAUUUGGAUCGAAUUGUAAUGAGAAAUGUGGUAACUGCAAAGAUAAGGCACAAUGUCAUCAUAUUACUGGAAACUGUCCGAACGGAUGCGAAAUGUAUUUCGUAGAGCCAUUCUGCAAUGAGACUAAUUUACCAUAUUUAAAAGAAGCCCCUGUUGCUGAAACACCUUGUUACACUACAUGUAAUAUAAAAUUUAAUCCGGAGAAGUAUGAAGGACGUAAGAGACCAGAUUCAUACAAAGUGGAAGUAUUUGAAGCCGGAAAUUGGAAAGUUAUUUAUGACAAAAAUAUAAAUGACAAAUAUAUAUCACUUGAUAAAUUAAAUAUUCUGACAAAAUACCAGUUAAGAAUUGUGUUGUGUCAUAAAGACGAGUGCAUGGAAGGAGAAUUUGUACCAUUAUUUGAUUUAAAUACAGAUUGCAAAGAUUUGGAAAGAAGCGAUGUCUCGGAAAAUAUAGAAAGCAGACAAAUGUCAUUCUAUUUAAAAGAAAGUGAUGAUGUAGAAAAAUGUACAGGCGAUCAAUAUACAAUAAAAUUAUUUGAUGAAAAAAACGUAAGAUAUGUUUCCAGCAAUGAAUUAGAGCCAAAUUCUAAUUAUAUGAUUCAAUUUUGGAGAAAUAAUCAACUCGUAUUUAAGUACGAUAAAACAACAGAUGAAGAAAAUCCUGGACCAAUUAGCAAAGUUGAAACUAAAUCAAACAUUACAUCGAUUUACUUAUCUUGGAAACCUCCAGAUGAAUCAGUUGGAAAAAUUGUGAACUAUUCCAUCACGUAUACACUACAACCGACGGAUGACUGCAAAGAAAGUUUGAAACAUUUGAUCGAACCGCAAAAGGUUUACGUUGAAACUAAAUUUGUUGAAAUAAGUAACUUACGGCCACAUUCGACGUACGUUUUUGAAGUGCAAGCUUUUAAUAAAUAUGCUGGCGAAGAGAUGCGCAUAUCUAAAAACACUAAUUCUAGAGAUAUACCAAAUCAAGAUAGUUAUAAAAUCGAUAACAUUUCAUUAACGUCUGAGACAAUCAGUGUCUAUUUAAAAAAGAAUUGUGAGCGAAUCGAAUCCGACGUUGCAUUCAGAUUAAAUUUACAAUGUUUUGAUAGUUGGUGUAAAAAUAUGACACGAAAGUAUCAUUACAAUCAAAAUUUAUUAUUUGAUGAAAAUUUGAAAGCAUUUACAAAUUAUACCAUUUUAAUCGAGAUGGCAACGAAAUUCUAUUUUGAAAAUACUGUGGCCAUGCAACCAAUGCAUGUUAUGACUAAACCAUCAAUUCCGAACGAGUUACGAAAUGUGGAUGUAUAUUCAAUUUCCGAUGUCGGAUUUUCGUUAGUCUUUGACAUGCCUUAUCCGCCUACUGGAAUUUUAGAAGAAAUUCGAAUAAACAAUGAAAACUCUACAUGGGACAAUUGCAGCAUUUGGAAGAAUCGAUUUUGUUCAACACUGAAUACAAAAAAUUGUUACACAUUGACGGUUACAUUAAGAAAUAUGAAUGUGUCUGAUACUAAAUCAUAUUCUAUUCUUAGUAAUUGUCAAGAAAGAAUCNNUAUGAACGGUGAAUUUGACAAAUUUAUUAUUUCAUACGAAGAUAAAAAUAUGAACUUUACAACGCAAGAGAAUCUUACAUACACUCACAAGAUAAACGAAGAAGAGAUUUGUUCAAGUAGUAACAAAUUGUUGACACUAAAAGUAUCAACAAAGAAUAAAAAGUAUGAAUCAAAAGGUUCCGAACUUACUAUAAAAUGUCCUGUAGCAAAACCAAAGUUGGCGGCAGAACCAAAGAAAUUUAAGAACAAUAAUCAUAGUUUAGAAAUAUUGAUUCCGAAAUUUGUAAAUCCAGCAACAAAGAGUUAUAUUCAUAUAGUCGUGACGCAAAUGAAAACCGUUGUCGUAGGUAACUUAUGUACUCCGAAUAAGUUGAAUGAUUCAUUGAAAAACGGAUGGAUUGCUAUUGAAUUAACAAAUGAUUUCGAACAGAAGAGUAUCGUCGUUGGUAAUAGUAGCCAAACAAAUGCAUUUUCAAAGUAUUUAAAUUGCUAUUUUGAGAAUCUAUUAUUGGAUGAUAGCGCAAUGGCUGAUAUUAAUAUUAUAUUAACCAAUAUCAACAGCAACGAAAUGAGGCGGAAUGGUUAUUUUAUUCCUGCAAAUACUACAUAUACAAUGACUGAUCUAACUGGACAAAAUGUUAAUCUCGUAUAUCUACUGCUUAUUCCCAUCGUAAUAAUUCUAGGUAUAUACAUUUAUAAAAGAAAACUUAUAAAGAAUAUUCAGCGUCCGGGAAUGCUCAUUUCGAUGCAUCCCACAAAUUGGGGAAUCCUGCGACAAAAUCCCCCGGAGGAGGAACCGAAGGUUCAGGACAUUCAGAAUAUACCAGAAAUUCCGAGACUGAACGUGGAGGAGUACACGAAAUUGGUAAAAAUCUCCGAUUUCGAACAAUACGUUAAGAGCAGCAUUCAGAACAACGAAUUGGAAAAGCAAUACGAAACUAUGCUCAAUCAACUCAGCAACAUCGACUGCGAGUACGGAAAGCUUCCGAAGAAUAAACCGAAGAACCGGUACGCCAAUAUCGUCGCCUACGAUCAUAGCCGAGUCGUUCUGAAGAAAAUCAAAGACGAUGAAUGUUCCGAUUACAUCAAUGCAAAUUACAUUCACGGUUUGGAUACGGAACGCGCUUACAUAGCAGCACAAGCGCCGAAAGAAAAUACCCUUGUAGACUUCUGGAGGAUGGUCUGGGAGCAAAACGUCACUCACAUUGUUAUGUUGACGAACGUGUACGAAGGUGUGAAGAAAAAGUCGGAAAAGUAUUGGCCCGAUGUUGGAGAAACUACGAAUUACGGAUCAAUAACAAUCAAACACUGUUCCUUCGAAGUAUUCCCCGAUUACGAAGAGCGUCUGUUUGAAAUUAAAUUUAAUAACCAAAAUCGAAAAAUUGUGCAUUUGCAUUACACUACAUGGCCGGACCACGGUGUUCCGAUGUACCCAAGCAGCGUGGUACCAUUUGCUAGGACAAUUUUGAAAGUACCACAGAACACUUCUCCGAUUUUGGUUCACUGCAGCGCGGGCGUCGGUCGAACUGGAACAAUUAUUUUAAUAGAUUUAUGCUUACGAAUGGUCUCACAGAUCGGCGCGUUGGACGUCUUCUAUCAUCUGAAAUCUCUUCGAGAGCAAAGAUCGAAAAUGGUGGACACACCGCAACAAUACAAAUUCGCACACCUCGUUCUUCUCGAAUGUCUAGUAACACCGGACACGGCAUUCCCGUGCGACGAAAACUUUGAAACACUUAUAUCCAACAUAGACAUAACAUACCAGAUGGAAUAUAUAGAGAGCAGCGCUUGGUACGAGGAUAUAAUCAUGAACAACCGCAGCAGUUUGAAGCAGCACGAUCCCGAGAAGGAUAGGUUUCCAGACAUUGUUCCCUACAAACACGGAUUGAUCUACUUAUCACCAAUAGUCAACUCUCAAUCAUCGAAUUACAUAAAUGCAGUGUCCGUCGAUAGUUUCAUGUUGCUGGGAAGAUUCAUUGCUACGCAACAGCCGAUGCCCAAUACUUUGGCGGAUUUUUGGCGACUGGCCUACGAAUAUGACAUCAGGGUUAUAGUCAGUUUACAGGAAUUGGAUCUCGAUGAUAAGACCUGCUGCAAUUUCUACCCGAACGAAAACUUGGAGAAGAUCACCUCCGACAACUACAACAUUGAACUAUCGAAAAUCGAAAUAUGCGAAAGGUACAAGUUGAUCUGGAUAAACAUGCACUUCAACAAGAACCAAAAGCAGUUGGUGGUUAUUGAGUUGGAAGGAUGGCAAUUCGGUGAACAAUGCCCACCGAAUCCUUCCACCUUUCUGAACAUCUGCAGCGAAACACAUCGUCUCAUCGCCAACAGCAAGCAGAUUUUAGUUACGUGCAAGGAUGGGGCAAGCGGUUGCGGACUCUUCAUCGCGCUCUCCUUCAUGCUAGAGAAAAUCAAAUUCGAGCAAAUCUGUGACGUUUGUCAUGCGGUGAGGACAAUCCGAAGGAGUAGGAAGCAAUUCGUGCAAACUGAAGAGCAAUUUCGGUUCCUUUACGAUAUGGCAGAUCGUUACUUGAAGGAAUUCGAAAUCUAUUCCAAUUUUGCAACAAAAUAAAUUAAUACACACGCAAGAUAUACUUUUUGAACGAUUUUAAUUAUUGGUUUCUAA